GACGCUAUAGGUAUCACGAACAUCAGAGUCGCGCCUCACCCACACCGCCGCCGCCACCGAUCCCGAUCCCGAAGGCACCUUUUGCCAGCCCGCGCCGCACACGACAUGCACGAGAUAGUCACGCUCCAGCUGGGUCACCAGGCCAACUACGUCGGGACGCACUUCUGGAACACGCAGGAAUCGUAUUUCACCUACGGCGACGAUGAGGGGCCGAGCCCCAUCAACCACGAUGUGCACUUCCGCUCCGGCCUCGGCGCCGACGGCACAGAGACGUUUAUGCCGCGCGCACUGAUCUACGACUUGAAGGGCGGCUUCGGUACCUUGAGGAAGAUCAAUGCUCUCUACGAGGUUGGGGAGGCGGCCGGUAAUCCACCGAAGGGGUCUUGGGAUCAUGAGACCACUACACAACGGCAGGAGCAGAUCGAGGCUAUCCAGUACCAGAAGGAUCUCGAAGCAGGAGUUUUCCCGCCUGCCGCGCUGACCACAGAUGCGGUGCGAUACUGGAGCGAUUACAAUCGAGUGUACUACCACCCCAGAUCAUCGGUCCAGAUCAAUGAGUACGAACUGAACUCGGGGAUCCAACCGUUCGAAGGAUACGGACUGGGGCAAGAGCUGUUCAAAGACUUGAACCGUGAACAUGAUAUCAUUGACCGUGACUUCCGGCUGUUCGCGGAAGAGUGCGAUCAGAUGCAAGGGAUACAGCUCUUGACCUCUACAGAUGAUGCCUGGGCCGGCUUCGCUGGAGAAUAUCUCGCCGAGCUCCGAGAUGAGUACGGCAAGGUCGGCAUUUGCACAUGGGGACUGGAGAGAACGGACCGGGUUGUCAGAGACAAACAAGUCACCCGAACGAUUGCGCUCGCGAUGGCCUUGUCGAACAUUGCGUCGCUUUCAUCCGUAUACAUCCCGUUAUUGAACCCACCUCUGCCCAGUGCGCUUCCAGGCUAUCUGAGUGUCGAUCGGACUUCGGAAUGGCAUACGAGCGCUCUGCUCUCUGCCGCGAUGGAGACUAGCACGCUUCCCACACGGCUGCACGACGGUGCUGGCAGGCUAGGGAGAAUGGACGACUUGGCGUCUUUCCUGAACGUCAAUGGAGGCCAGAAGAUUGCGAUGCUGUCCAUGUUCGUUAGCGGGCCCGAAGAAUCCCCCAACGCCAACGAUGGCUCGUAUGACGAUGGGCGUGUCCCGCACCCUCCGAGAUUGGAAAUGAUCAAAAAGGCUGGCAGAAUCAAUUGCUCGUGGGGACAGCAGGAGACUAAAUCGUGGAGAACUGUAAAGGAGGACCAUGUCUUUGCCGAAGCGAAUGUUGCUAGAGGCUUCGAUGAUGACGAUCCGGAAGAACCGGUGCAACCGGAGCGCACCGGAGAUCGACACGAACCUAUUAUUAGCAGGUGGGGGCACCCCGGCAAGAUCACGUUGUCGGCACACCCACAAACUCGCACCGAGAGUGGGAGGCUGGGUUGAGGCUGCGGGAUUUUUGUCCUACCGCCUCACUCACCACUGCCGACGUCGCUCGCUAUCCCCACUUUUUUCUUCGUGGCUCGGUUGCAGUGCUAAUUCGUAUUAUCUGUGGCACAGCAUCACCAGCCCGCUGGCCUUCCCACUGGUCGACAGCUUCCCGUCGAUCUUCCCUGUCGCACCAGCCACAACAGCGCACGGCAAUACACACGCAGCGAUCCACACACGCCUAGCCUCGAGCUCCGCCGUGAUUGCAAGAGUCAAGGGUGUCAGGGAGGUCGUGGGAUUCCGUGUCGGCGUCGAAGAGAGGGAGGUGCUCAUGAACGAUCUGGACGAGAUUGUGGACGGAUUCGCCCACGGUUGGAUGAGUGAUGAUGAUGAUGAUGAGGAUUGAUCU